AUGUAUCUCAGUUGUUCGGAGAGGUAUGAAAAUGUUGUCAACUAUCAUCACAAGUCCGCACUCAUAUCCUUAUUCAAGACCGCAAAGAACUGUUCUGCAAACGUUCUGCCUCGUCGGAAGCAUUGUAGAACAGCUCUUUUAGUGCAAUUUUGUUAUGUGCCUUCAAAAGUUUCAAUGAUUUUGCUCUCGAGUCCAAAUCGUUUUCCCACUUUUUUCAGAGUACACAUUUCGGCUCCAGAAGGUGUCAGAAUAUCCAGUUUGCAGAAGAAGUAGACGAAACGGCGGCGAGAGAACAUUCUAGGCUCUAGAACUGAAAAAGUCUACGUGACAAAUGGGGAAAAGUUCACAAAUUCCUUUUGUGCCACGUUGUCAGUUCUUCGCGAAUGUUCCCUCGCCUUCUUCUACUUCUUCUCCUACUCGGACACCUCGCAACCAGUCUCAAACCCAAAAAUGCCUUGAAAAAGGUGGUAAAACGAUUCAGGCUCGGAAAGACAGUCUUGGACGCAUUUCAAGGUACAUUUACAAACUAUUCAGGCCCUUUCAACACUAUUUUACUUUAGAAAGUGUACUCGAAAAACCGCUUGAGAGUGCGAGCGCAGAGGAAGUGGGAAAAGUGAAGAAGAAUCAUGCGAUCCAGGUAAGCCAGUGGAUUAUUGAGCAGGCGUCGAGCGAGAAUCCAGCGUGGCACGCGUUUGGCGACAUGUUAAUGUCCGUUUUGGAUAGAAAUAUGAGUGCGGAUGUCUGUGGAGCCACUCCGUUCACUUUUUGUUAGUACACAGUUCUAGAAGGGACCACAAUAUCUAUGUAUGAUGCUUUUCAGACCAAUUCGUGGAUUUUCUGAGUAUGAAUCGUCAGAAAUGGAAGAAGAAUCUGGAAAAGGACGAUGCAAAGUAUGAAGUUUUACCGGACACCGAAAAAGAGAAACUUCGAUUCGUGACCUCGUUCGUCCAAGAGUCCAAGUACGGAUUCACGUCCCAACAAAUCUACGAGAUCAACAUGAGCCUAAAAAAGGUUCUUCCGGACAAGAAGAGCAAAUUCAUGUACACAAUAUCGUGGAUCUCUGUGAAAGGCGGAUGCUCGGAACACGGAACCGUCGAUCCGCAACACAUUCCGUCCCGAGAACUUGAAGCAGAGAUAUGGAAUCCGACAAUAGUGCUCAAGUUUCUGAUGCUCUUCACUCCGAAGCCCUAUCGAGGUUAUCAUCAGGAUGCGGAUAAGAUUCCCACGUUGUGGCUGAAUGGAUUGGAGAAGGACGAGCACUUGACCGCGAGUGUCUGUAAUCCAAAGACCGGCAUUCCGAGGAGGUACACUGAAGCCGAGUUCCGCAGGUGGUACGAGUUGUUCGGGAGGAUGUGGCGUCCGAAAAGAAAUAGUGUGCGCCUAGAAUACCGCUUUUUUCCAGUCAUCUCAAUGAUUUGCAGACGGAAUUCGCGACAGUCCAGAAGAUUCAUCAAUCAACUCUGAAAAUAGUCGCUCGUGUCACCUAUCGAUUGGUUUUGGGCCUGGAUUGGAAUGGAAAUGCGAAGGAAGUCGAUUGGAAUGUGAAGAUUAUCGGAGAGCUUGUGAGUUGUCGCCUACGCUACCUCACCGUCCUCCUAGCCUUACCACUUUUCUCAAGAACCUUCACGACAACAAAAAAUGGACAAUUUCUGGGAUCGACGUCUCCUGUCCGCCGGGUAUAAACCUGCUCGGAGCCAGCUACGAAGCCUACCGCAACAUCACCGGCUUCAGUUUCGUUUCGCUGAUCCCUGUGACCAAGCGGGUCUACCAGGAUCUUGGAUUCCUCAAGUACCUGGUCAAAAACGAGUCGCAGGUGGAAAUCUCAUUCUGCGGAAACAAAAUCGAUGGGAUCAACAAUAUUGGGAAGAGUUUCUGGGCGCCAGGCACCAAUUUCACCAGCACCUUCAUCGAAAGUGUCGCUCUUCCGGAAUUGGAUAAUAGUCUGGCGAAAGAGGACACUAAUUUCACGUUGUACAUCGGAUUAGGUACAUAUGAGAAGAUAUCGAAACAAGUUGACGAACAGGGUGAUUCGAUUCUGUUGUUCGAGGCAAAAUGGCACUUUUACAUUCAAUGGGUCAGUUAGAAAUUGGAAAAAUGUUUGAAAAUCUUUCGCUUUUUAGGAUCCGAUCGAUUUGUUCUAUUACAUCAAAAGGAUAGUGUUCGAGUGUCCCGGCUGGACGGGCCAAGUUCGAGAAUACGAGUGGCCCAUCGAGGAAACGCCGUCUUUUUUGAGAAUUGGAAAAUAA